UCAAAAAUCGCAUGUUGUCAUGAUCAACCUUAAUAACAUCAUUAAUCAAUCAGACUCCAGACACCCUAUCCUGAAUUAUUGUCCUAAUCUGGUUGGAAUCAGCUGUAGUUAACCCCAAUUUCCCACUCAUUUCUAUAAACUCCCACUUCACUCUUUAGCAGUCCAAGAACCAGAGCCAGAACCAUACCUAAAUCUUUCCCCGCUACUCACAAUGCAGCUCAGCCGCGCUGCCGCCGCAUCUGUGGUGGUUUUAUGUAUCUCUCUGUUUCUCCUUCCCUCAACUUCCGACGCCCACAAUAUUACCCGCAUUCUCGCCAAGUUUCCUGAGUUCUCCACAUUUAACCACUAUUUAACAGUGACGCAGCUCGCGCCGGAGAUCAACCGACGAGAAACAAUUACAGUUUGCGCCGUGGACAAUGCCGGAAUGGCGGAUCUACUCUCGAAGCACCUAACGCUUGGCGCACUCAAGAACGUGCUUUCGCUCCACGUUCUCCUCGACUACUUCGACGCUAAGAAGCUUCACGAGAUCACCGACGGCACCGCCCUCGCCGCCACCAUGUUCCAGGCCACCGGCUCUGCCACGGGGUCCUCCGGCUUCGUCAAUAUCACUGAUCUCAAGGGUGGAAAGGUCGGGUUCUCUCCCGAGGACAAUGGCGGGGUUGUUUCCGCCACUUUCGUCAAGACUGUCCAGGCCAUACCCUACAACAUCUCCGUCAUUCAGAUCUCCACCAUCUUGCCGUCACCUGAAGCCGAGGCGCCGGCCCCCGGGCCGAGCCAGAUGAAUCUCACCGCUCUCAUGUCAGCGCAUGGCUGCAAGGUCUUCGCCGAGACGCUGUUGGCUAAUCCGGCGGAACAAACGUUUGAGGACAACAUUGAGAGCGGAUUAACCAUAUUCUGCCCCGGAGACGACGCAAUGAAGGGUUUUAUGCCCAAAUACAAGAAUUUGAGCGCAGCAGGUAAACAAUCGCUGCUCGAAUAUCAUGGAAUACCGAUUUAUCAAUCACUCUCUGGUUUGAGAUCGAGCAACGGAUUAACGAACACCUUAGCCACCGACGGCGCCAACAAGUACGAUUUCACGGUGCAGAACGACGGAACAGACGUGACGAUUAAGACGAAAAUCGCGACGGCAAAGAUUAUUAAUACUUUGAUUGACGUGCAGCCAUUGGCGAUAUACGAAUUGAACAAGGUUUUAUUGCCAAAGGAGCUGUUCUCAGCUCUUGCUCCCACUCCCUCUCCUGCUCCGGCACCAGCCCCGACUCCUGAAGCCGAUGCAGAGUCUCCGAAGCCGUCGACGAAGCACAAAUCGCCGCCGGCACCGGCUGCUCCAUCUGACUCGCCAGCGGAUGCUCCCGACGGAGACGUGGCGGAUCAGACUGCGGAUGGUAACGGCGCAUUCAGGUUUAACGGUGGAAGAUUUGGUGCUGUAAUUUUGAGUCUUUGGUUUCUAUUUUUGCACUUGUGAUUUUAGUAUUUUACUUUCUAGGUUUGAUUUUUAUUUUUUUCCUUUUUCU